AUGUCCUCGAUAGCAAAAGCUGGUCGACUAGCCGGAAAGGUUGCCAUUGUCACAGGUGGUGGCUCCGGCUAUGGUGCAGGCAUAGCCACAUUGUUUGCAGAACAAGGGGCGAAAGUAGUGGUGGCCGACAUCAAUGAAGAUGGCGGCAAGCGUACGGUCUCAGCUAUGCCAGACAGCAUGAGAUUUCACAAAGUAAAUGUCGCAAAAGAGAGCGACUGGCAAAGACUUGUUGAAUCUACGCAAUCCGCGUUUGGAAGCAUCAAUUGUCUGGUCAACAACGCUGGGACAACGUACCGCAACAAGGGGUGCCUCCAUGUUACUGAAGCCGACUUUGAUAGAUGUUUCAACGUCAACGUCAAAGGUGUCUUCUUCGGCACCUCUGCCGUCCUACCCCGGCUUCUUGAGCAGAGGAGCGGCGGGUCUAUCAUAAAUAUCGCCUCUGUAGGAGCUACUCGACCGCGUCCGGGGCUGGUUUGGUACAACAGUUCGAAAGGAGCGGUGUGGAAUGCGACCAAGGGUCUGGCAGCUGAGUUCGGUCCUCAUGGCAUACGAGUCAAUUCAAUCUGCCCGCUUCUUGGUGGCACAGGCUUGUUUGAGUCCUUUUCAGGUGUGCCUGACACGCCGGAAAAUCGAGCGAAGUUUUUGUCAAACGUUCCUCUUGGCCGACUGUGCGAACCCUCAGAUGUUGCAUCGGCCUGUCUCUUUUUCGCGUCCGAUGAGUCGUCUUUCGUGACUGGUGUCAACAUGGAAGUUGAUGGAGGUCGAGCGGUGUAG